AUGGCUCCCGCGAAGCUGCAGAUCCUCCUGCAGUUCCUCCUCGAACUGACCGCAGGACAUGAAGGAACCAUCAACUUUCACGUCACAGACCAUCUAAGCAGCGAGACACUGAUAUCCCCCUCGGCAGCUGAGUUUGAAGUCGACACCCGGUCCUUUUUGGUAAUCCCAUCAAAUAAUUACAUUUACCUGUUCAUUUCUGCUAGCAAGCUUAUUUUAGAUUUCAAAGUUAAUUUCCAUAAACCCAGGCUUGCCAAGUACAUGAACUGCAGGGUGCCAGCUGAUAAGAGGUACCAGCCCACUGAGUAUGAACACGCUGCAAACUGUGCCACACACGGGUUGUGGAUCAUCCCCAGUCUGGUGGGUGGAUCUGUGCUCUACUUCCUGUCUGUGGACAGAUGGCAUCAGGUCACUGCCUGGCUCUACGGGAGCGGUCUCACCGGCCUCUUCAUCACCUCAACACUCUUCCACACAGCUGCCUGGAAAAUCAGCCAUCUACGGAAGAUGGAGCAACGUUUCCACAUGUGUGACAGAAUGGCUAUCUACUUCUUCAUCGCCGCCUCCUACUCUCCCUGGUUGAUGCUGAGGGAGCUGGGACCCUGGACGUGCCAUAUGCGCUGGCUGAUCUGGGUCAUGGCUGGCUUUGGAUCCACGUACGUCUUCUUUUUCCACGAGAGGUACAAGCUGGUGGAGCUGCUGGGGUACGUGGCCAUGGGGGCCGCGCCUGCACUGGUCAUUCUAUCUAUGGUGGAGCGCGCAGGUGUGUGUGAGCUGGCUGUUGGAGGGAUCUUCUACGUGGUGGGCGUAGUUUUCUUUAAGAGUGACGGCCUCGUGCCAUUCGCCCACGCCAUCUGGCAUCUUUUUGUGGCGGUUGGAGCAAGCUGUCAUUACUAUGCCAUCUGGAGGUACCUGUAUUUACCUGGACUACCGCUGCAGACAGCGAGGUGACUGGCAGCCGUCACCAGACACGAUCUACAGUCCCACUGAAGCACAACUACCAGUACUUAUGGCACAACAAAAAAGCAGGACUGUAGCUUUGCACUGACAGACG